GUCUGGCCGCCCUGUCCAGGCCUCUGGAGCGGCUGGAGGAGACUCCUUUCUGGGCUCCUUGGCUCUGAGGCUUGAGCCUUGGCUGGCCAGCAGCGCACGCUCGGAAUCCUCCGCUCCUUUUUGGUCGUACCGAACUCCAGGGGAGCUCUCUCUUGUCGGACUCCAUUUCUAGGGCGUAGAAUUGUUACUUUAUUUUUCCCUUAAUUUACAUGCUGUCUGGUUCAUUUAUCUUAAUCACUUGAACACACAUAAUCUUGAGCCAGAAAAACGUGAUCUCUCCUUAAUAGAGUUGAGGGAAUUGAGUGGAGAAAGCAAGAAAAAAUGCUUGAGACAGUGCUUCUCAUGGGAUACAAUAAAUAUGACUACAAGCUAUUGUUGACAUCCUGGAAAUUUCUGUGAGGGCAAAUGACUCAGCUCUGUGAGCUGAUCAACAAGAGUGGAGAACUGCUUGCGAAGAACUUGUCCCACUUGGACACCGUGCUUGGGGCUCUAGAUGUUCAAGAGCACUCCUUGGGUGUCCUUGCUGUUCUGUUUGUGAAGUUUUCGAUGCCCAGUGUUCCUGACUUUGAAACACUAUUCUCACAGGUUCAGCUUUUCAUUAGUACUUGUAAUGGCGAGCACAUUCGAUAUGCAACAGAUACGUUUGCUGGGCUUUGCCAUCAGCUAACAAAUGCACUUGUGGAAAGAAAACAGCCCCUUCGAGGAAUUGGCAUCCUUAAGCAAGCCAUAGACAAGAUGCAGAUGAAUACGAACCAGCUGACCUCAGUCCAUGCUGAUCUCUGCCAGCUUUGUUUACUAGCAAAGUGCUUUAAACCUGCCCUUCCAUAUCUUGAUGUGGAUAUGAUGGAUAUCUGUAAAGAGAAUGGAGCCUAUGAUGCAAAACACUUUCUAUGCUACUAUUAUUACGGAGGGAUGAUCUAUACAGGACUGAAGAACUUUGAAAGAGCACUCUACUUUUAUGAGCAGGCUAUUACUACUCCGGCCAUGGCAGUCAGCCAUAUCAUGUUGGAAUCAUAUAAAAAGUAUAUUUUAGUAUCUUUGAUAUUACUUGGCAAAGUACAACAGCUGCCUAAAUACACAUCUCAGAUUGUGGGUAGAUUUAUUAAGCCUCUCAGCAAUGCUUACCAUGAGUUAGCACAAGUUUAUUCAACCAAUAACCCGUCGGAGCUCCGGAACCUGGUGAACAAGCACAGUGAAACUUUCACUCGAGAUAACAACAUGGGUCUGGUGAAGCAGUGCCUGUCAUCUCUCUAUAAGAAGAACAUUCAGAGGCUAACAAAGACCUUUUUAACAUUAUCGUUACAAGAUAUGGCAAGUCGUGUGCAGUUAUCUGGACCUCAGGAGGCAGAGAAAUAUGUUCUACACAUGAUAGAAGAUGGGGAAAUUUUUGCAAGUAUUAAUCAGAAGGACGGUAUGGUCAGUUUCCAUGAUAAUCCUGAAAAAUAUAAUAACCCAGCCAUGCUUCAUAACAUUGAUCAGGAGAUGCUGAAGUGUAUAGAGUUGGAUGAACGGCUGAAGGCCAUGGACCAGGAGAUCACAGUGAAUCCCCAGUUUGUUCAAAAGAGUAUGGGCUCACAAGAAGAUGAUUCAGGAAACAAGCCCUCCAGUUUCUCUUGAAACUAACGCCAUCCUGAGCUAACAGAAUUGUCACCUUGGCCUAUGAAGAGGGCAGCAGGAAGUACCAUGCCAGUCCCACGCCGGUUCCACCUGGACAUUGAGAAAUUCAGUGUUAACAUCUUCAGUCCUAUUGCUUUCAGAAAACCAGUCUCUGCAAAAGAAAGAAAACAAAAAUCAAACUUUAGAGUCUGUUGUGGAUUUAUUUAUCCUCAGAUUAUUGUUAUUAUUGCAUUAAAGUUACCUUUUUUGUUGUAA